AUGCGUCGCUAUCUUUUUCAAUCUCCCGAUUCGGUCUUACCCUUCAUCAUUCAGACGAAAUAUCUGACACGCGAAGUUGUGAUUUGGAGUGAUUGCAUCAAACUGCGGUAUUUCGAAAAUGCGACUCAGCCUACUUGGAUUUAUGGGCUGGCAUUGGAGUAUAUCCAGAUAUCUUCCUGUCUAUUCGAUGGCUUUCGGCUAGACAAUUGUCAUAACACUUCCCUGCUCCUUUUGGAACCUAUUUUGGAAGAAGCUCGCAAAAUUAAUCCGAAACUGCUCAUUCUUGCCGAGCUGUUUACGCAGGAUCAAGCGACUGACAUUGAAUACAUCAGCAAACUCGGCAUUGAUAUGAUUGUCCGCGAAACUGCGCAGAGUCCUGAUUACUAUUCCGAUGUUCGCCGCUAUAGCGAUAUUUUGUACAACGUUGGAGGAGAUGAUUUGGGGAGUUUGCAAAGCAUCAAAGAGUUUCCUCGGCAUGUUGUGUAUAAUGCGUUGCCGACAGUGCUGUACGAUAUGACACACGAUAAUAAAAGCUUGAUUGAGCUGUAUGGAUCCGCGUCCAUCCCUUCGAUUACGGUCAUGGUGGGAAUGACUGUAACGAAUAUCGCGUCAACGAAAGGGGUGGAUGAUGCGUAUCCGCUCAAUCCGCUUGUGACGGAAUAUAGGCAAUACCAUACCUACAAUGAUUCUCUCCUGUCUAUGCAUGAUCAUACGAUUCGUUAUCACUUCAAUCGAUUGGUCAGUCUAGAAGAAAAGCCCAAUGAAAUCAUUCAUUUCUCACCGAACGGAUAUUUACGAUUGUUGAUGAAUCAUUUACAUGUUCUGCUCAGCAAAUGCUCGUUUUCACAGCGAUACAUUCAUUAUUACCAUGGUACCAGCUUUAUUUCCAUUGAAAGGCGUCACGCCGAGUCGUUUUACAGCGUUCUUAGUAUUACGAGCACUUCAUUCAAUUCGUUCAGUCAUGGAAGUGGAGCUGGAAGUGGAGCUGGACUGCGCGAUUUAGAAGUGAUUGGAAAAGUGAUCGGCGUGUUUUUAUCUGUUCGCUGUAACGAGCAAACUGUGCACUUCAAUCUGAAAGAAGCUCAACUGGAAAUGAAUCAAUGCCCCUAUCUCUCUGGAAUUCCUCUUCAUUUUGAAGUGGACUGCUAUGAUCUGCAGGAUAUGUGUACGGUUUCAUUCAACGAAGAAACCAAAACAUCAACGCUUCAUCUGAACGAUUGUUUCUCUCCAGGAUCGUCUCUUGUCCUUCUCUUGUACAACGGAAGCAACUGCAUUUUUGAUCAUAUUCUCAACUAUCACGAAUGCUGUGAGGUCAUUCAAAACACUUCCGAUCGUCUUGACGCGCUUCCUUAUCAUCCUCAGAACACCAUCGAUGCCAUUACCAAAGAGAUUCAAUCGAAUGCAUUAGCGAUGGAAGACUUCUCCUAUUUGCUCUUCACGACAAAAGAAGAGCAAUCUUUAAUCAACGGAUGGGAUGUGUAUGAGAUUCAGUCCUCUUCCGCUGACACGAUUCGAACAUUGGAUCAACUAACGCAUUCUUUUCAUCAACAUCACAAUUCCUAUGGUGUAGGAAAACUGAAAUACGCUGGAUUCUAUGGAAUCAUCCCAGCGGUUCGAUCCAUUGUGCGAUUCAACAUGCUCAAUCAUCCUCUUUUGGAGAAUCUUCGCCAAGGAUCCUGGCUUCUCGACUACUUAUUGAAUCGAUUGAACGGUCAUCCCCAUUUGGAAGGAGUUCGAGCGAGUUUAGAAGACGAGUUCCGAUUCAUUCGAGAAAGUCCGCGUAACACAAGGCCAGUUCGCUUCUGCCGGUUUAUUCUUGCUUUUGGAAACAUGAUCGAGCGGGAAUUAGGAAUGAAGUUAAGCGGAAAGGUUGAGUUCCACCAGCUUUACAUGGCAACGCUCCAAUUCACACAGAAACUGCCUCAGGAUUCUCUCACUUUUAUCAGUGCUGGACUUCCUCAUUUUUCAAUCGGAAUCAUGAGAAAUUGGGGCAGAGAUACGUUUAUUGCGUUCCCAGGAGUGAUGUUGUCAUGCCACCGUUAUUACGAAGCAGAGCAGCUUCUUCUGGAAUAUGCUUCGGUGAGUCGACAUGGAUUGAUUUGCAAUCUCUAUGGCGAUCGAGCGCUCGCACGCUUUAAUAGUCGAGAUGCCACUUGGUGGUGGCUUCGAGUUGAAAUUGAAAUCUGUUUGAAUCGUAGAGUCUUCGUUUGUACUGCGAGGCGGUUGGAAACACGCGAAUUCUGGAUGAAGAGAUCUUUAUGGAGUGGGAGCAGAAGAAAAUUCUGGGAUCCGGAAUCCAUUUUGUGGAAUGGAACGCUCCAUCGAUUGACAUAUCCUUUUCCAAAUGCAAUGCAAUGCAAUGAAAAUGGUUUUGAAGUUCACAUUUUCAUCGAUCCUGAAACUGGCUUUGUCAUGGGUGGAAAUCUCUCGAAUUGCGGAACCUGGAUGGAUAAAAUGGGCAGCUAUAACGACGGUUCGCAUUCGAAUAAAGGCAUUCCGGCAACCCCGCGAGAUGGCGCCGACGUGGAAAUCGUCGGAUUGGAAGCGUACGUGUUACAGUGGCUGUCAGAGCUUUGCACUUCAGGAGAGUGGAAGCAGCAAGGUAUUCUAGUGGAACAUGACAACACCUCUUCGUUUUGGAGCUAUCAGAGCUGGUAUGAGCGAGUCAAGCGAUCCUUUGAACGCGAGUUUUUCGUUCCUGCUUCGGAUUCGCACGGAGCUUAUUACAAAGAUUGCGUCAAUAAACAAAUGCGACUCCAAGAUAACCAGAUCCGUCCGAAUUACUUAAUCGCUCUCGCAAUCAUACCCGAGGUAUUCGAUGCGUCCCACGCAACCGAAGCGAUUCAAACUGGGAUCCGAGAGCUCUUCCAAGAUCCUCAUCAGCUCGGACUCAAGACAUUGAGCCCUUCGGACUCUCAUUACCGCUGCUUUUACGACAAUUCGAUGGGAUACCAGGGAGAUUUGGCAGUGUGUGGGGGAUGGAGUUAUCACAACGGUCCGGAAUGGUUGUGGCCGUUGGGAUUUCUGAUCGAAGCGCUUCUCCACUUCCCUCCUCCCCGCUUUAUUUCUAACGGCACUGUCGAUUCCGAUUAUUUGAGAAUGUAUUGCUUCAGUCUUCUAAGCGAACAAAUCCGCUACUACCACGAAGAUGACUGGCUGUCUCUUCCUGAGAUGACCAACUGGGAUGGAGAAUUCAAUUCGUAUUCCUGCAGAGCGCAAGCCUGGUCGGUGGGUUGUCUUCUUCGAGCCAUUGAAAAGCUUCACUAA